GGUCUGAGAGACCUCCCUCCAAAUGAUAGUCUUUACUAACAAGUUGUUUCUAAGGUACAGUAACCAACACGCCUCAGAACAAGAUGCAGCUGUUUGUCAUACUACUACUGGCUGUGCAGUGGACGGCCACCACGUUAGCGGGUAUUGGACCUCCAGAAGACUGUUGCCUAAGGCUAUCAUACAAGAACAUUGAAGUCACGAAAAUUGAGAAGUACGUGCUUCAGGAUCCAGCACUCUGUUCUAUCAAAGCAGUGAGGUUUACCACCAUACACGGCAGGACUGUAUGUGCUGAUCCUGAAAGGAGCUGGACCAAAUUUGCCAUGUGUGUGGUGGAUAAAAGGAAAAGCGCCAGCAGAGCAGAAGCAGUAGCAAUUUGUAAAGGCUUAACAGUAAAAACUCCCUCAAAGCCCUCUACAACAGUUCCCCCAAAAACCUCUUCAACAGCUCCCUCAAAUCCUUCUACGAGAGUUCCCUCCAAUCCCUCUAUGACAGCUACACCUGUAUCAAUGCCAAGUAAAAAGACAGCGGGCAGAAUAGAAACAGAAACAACGGUUAAGUCACCGGUCGAAGACGACUCACUGAAGAAGAGCUCACCAAGCUUCAACAGGGAGAGCACAGAGACGUCUUCGGUAGACGAGGGGGAUGAAAGCGAGUCCCGUAAAUCAUCAGAUGAGAAUGAAUCCCCUGCAGGAAUCAGUAAGACAAAGAACACAGAGCUAGAAGAGUCUCUGUACUCAGAAGAGAGAGACACGCUGUCUUCAGUAAUGAAUGAACAGUCUCCAAACAAGAACACCAUGUUUUGCAUAAAGCAGGUACCAGCUAAAAGUAGCAGAUCUUACUUUUGUAUCAAAGGUUCUUUGUAAUCAGAGGAGAAACCUUGAUUUACUGUAAGUACCCAAACGCCUGUUCUGCCUUGAUUAGUGUGAAUUGGAGCUUCUGUGUGUUCCUGUGUUUUCUAUCACUGUGUAAAAGAUGCACAACUCUUCCUUUACUGUCAGAUGUACUUUUGCAUUUUUUAUUUAUCCAACCACAGAAGUUUAUUCAUAGUUUGUUAUUGUUUUUAUAUUUCAAUGAGAGUAAUGAUAAAACA